AAGAGUUAAACUCAAUCGAAGACAAUAAUUCUUGUUCACAUCAGCUAGAAAAAAGAAGUAGAAAACAAACUUAAUACGGUUCGUAUUUCACAUCUAAGAAAAGUAGCGAACAAUGAGAAUCUUCCAAAUGUUAUGUGCAAUUAGCAGACGGCCACAAAAUCCAUAUAAAGUACCAUUGGCAAAGCCAAGACUUCCAUUUCGUUUGAAGGAUAAAAUCCGAGGCAAGGGAGCUAAAUUGGAAAUGAAUCAAACCGUUCAGCAAAUGCAAAAUUUAAUUACAAAACUUGCACAAAACGAUUACGAUCAGCGAUUCUGUGCGGAUGAAAUCAAAUUAAUGAACGAAUCCGCCAGAAAUUCAUUUCAAGAAUACGUCAAACAAAAAAAGGAAAAUAGAGCCGAACAUGUUAAACCUGGAAAAGAUGUAAACGCAAUUCAAGUCAAUAAGUAUUUGAAAAAAUUCCCAACCCUACCACCAAAUCCAUAUGAAGCAAAACUUAAGAAACAUAGUGAACUACCAUCAAAUCGUCAGAAAUUUAUUGAAGAAUAGAAUGUGUAUAGUUGAAUAAAAAUUUCAUUGCCGAUGGUUAUAUAAUUUAUAUAGGUGAUUUAAAAAAAUAACACAAAGCAUUUUCAAUACAAUUGUAAUUAUUAAUAGUUUUUCGAUUGCAAGAAAUACAAACGAAUUGGAACAAAAUGAAUAUCACUACUAAUAAAAUGUUUUGAAAA